GUGGAGCACUUCCGGUGGCGUUUCCUGCCAGUGUUUGUAAACUGAGAAAAAAUUGGAAGUGCGACAAGAAAUAAUAACCUCCAAAACUGUAAAAACCAAAAGGCUUUGGCCCCUGAUGAUUUGGGUGGGUGUGGUCUCUUCUGUUACCCCUCAUCCUAAGUGAAGCCCCCUCUGUUCCCCCAAACACACACGCAUUCAAACCACGGCGAUGACCCACCAUUCCAACAACUCUGUUCGAGACCAUAUGAAAUGGGCUGGGUUGCUGGGCUGCGAGGCGGUGCUGUCCAGCAUGGCCCUGAUGCAAGCCAACAACAUCCCAGGCCAGAAGAGGAUGAUGUCACCCUUGGGUCAAGGGCACAGGGCCAGUCCUGAGAGCCACCAAACCCACUCGCAGCACAGCCACAAUCACCAUGGACACCAGGUCCAUCAUGGACAACCCCACCACAGCCACAUGGGCCAGCCUUCAGCCGGGAGCUGUCCGCCACUGCUGAUCCGAAAAGACGGGGAUUAUCACUCAUCAAGAAUGAUGGAUGGAAAGGACGUGCAGGCGAACCAGAAUAUGCAACCCAAGAAGAAACACAAAAAAUCAGGGUCAUCCAGCAAAGUCAAAGAGAAAGUGGAGCAUCUACUUUCGCCGAUGGAUAUGGACGAUGACGACAGUUCCUUGAAAGUCCAGAAAAACUUCAUCUGUGACCACUGCUACGGAGCUUUCCGGAGUAGCUACCACCUGAAGCGACACAUACUUACACAUACAGGAGAGAAGCCAUUCGCUUGUGACGCGUGUGACAUGCGGUUCAUUCAGCGUUACCACCUGGACAGACACAAGAGGGUGCACAGCGGAGAGAAGCCGUAUCAGUGUGAUCGCUGCCAUCAGAACUUCUCGCGGACAGACAGACUGCUGAGACACCGACGGCUAUGUACAGUUGGGAUGUGCAAAGAGGAAAGCCAGUACUCACAGGAUGCAUCUGCCCAUCCAGCUUCCUGGAGCCCCCUACAGCCUUCCAACAACCGUCUGACUGUCUGACCCUCCACUUCCCAGAGAGACCCUACAGACAGCAGCAGUGGCUCAGUGACGUCGCACGUUGGAGCUCAACAGUACUGUACCCUGAAAACACCCUAGCUUAAACACAACCAAACUUUACUUUGCUCUCACCAGCUCUGUCACAGAGCUGAUAAAGGAUUUUUGUACUUUUUUAUCUACUGUUCAGCUCACGAUACAGGAGAAAAGGGGAAGGACUUAUUCACAUCUUGGACAACAGGUCUUGGUAUUAUGGCAAUAACUGAAUAGACUAACGAACACGACUCCUUUUAGCUGAAAGGUCGCAGGUAUAUUUUUGGUAUCGCUGCCGAGGGAUUGCAAGUAUUUUUGCAUUGACUGUCAAUCUAUUGUACAGCACCUCUUAGUUGACCUGCAUCAACCCCAAUGCUGCGCUCUACUACAUACGGACAGUUCACUAAAGGACUCAUACAGAACUGUGUAGCUUUUUAGUGUUUGAUUUCUUCUCAUUUUGAGUUCCUUGUGCUACUAAUAAUGUACCAGCUACUGCUCAGAAGUGAAAGGUCACAGCAGACUUGUGGUCCGUGCUGCCGCCUGUCUAAUAAUGUAGGUGUUGUGUGCGUAACACAUCUGAAAUUUAUUGUUAUUUUUGACAACACUGAUGAUAAAAGGGGCUUAUCGCAGAGUAAACUGGUGAUCCAUUUUCACUUCAUGUAGAGGGUUGCCUUUUUUAAACACAAUUUUUGAGUGGAUCUAAAACUAAUUUCUUACCUGCUGUCCGUCUAGUUGUAAACUGAAAAUACUACAGAUGCAUCCCUGUUUGGUGAUGCGUACAAACAGGUUGAAGAACACUAAAAGUUAACUAGAAGCUAAUCUUGGCAUUAGUUAAGUUGUGUAGCGACUGUUGGCUCAUGUAUUCACUGUUCUACCUUGUUUUAAAGGGAUUCUUGUCCUGACUCUUCAUAGGUUACACUGUUGACAUAUAGUUAAAGGCUGACAGGUUUUGUAGCAAGAGCCCGGAUUCUUUUCUUUGACGCUCUUGAACAAAGAUAGUGAUUUCUUUUUAUAUAAUAACUGGAUGUAGGAACCACCUAUUAGGUGCUUCUGUAAGAACCCCUUCAGUAUAAAGGCAUUGUGUUUAUUGUCUCUUUGUUCCUAGAAACCACUGUCAGGCUUUUUUUUCCCCCCUGCUCAGCGUUAAUAGAUUUUUCUGACUCUGAAAGAUGUCCGUCCUUUCAAAAGUAUUUUGGUAAGUAAGGAUGGGUCAGCGUGUUGUCUGUAAUCACAACAUUUAACAACAGUUCAUGAGAGUACUGUAGCACAAAUCCGAUUAAAGCUGCAGGUGGUAACUGUGAUAAACUUUUUGUCAUAUGUGCUGAAUGUGUCACUAUAUCCAUGUAGUAGGAUAUGAGACAAAUUAUCUUUGAAAGAAAGCAUGUUCCUCCUCCUUCUUGUUGUUGUGCUUCUAAGGAAAUAUGCAAGCAGCAGAGGAGUCUUGAACGCAGCUGUCAGUCACAUCAAUCACUGCUUGUUAACUGCAGCUAAACUAUCAAACUAGGCAACGCUGAUCAAAUAUAAGGACGUUUGUGACCCGGGUGCCAUGUUGAAAACACUCUAAAACAACUGGAAAGAAAGCAACGCCCACCAACAAAGCAAACAUUUUCGUUAUGCAGCUAAACAGUACACUAAAAUAUGUUUCUGACAACAUUUGAGGUGGGAAAUAGGCAAUACAGUAACAGUUUGACAGUUCGGCUACAGUUCCCGAACAGUGAUGGACAGCUGCGUAAGACACUCCUCGGCUCUGAUUAGUUGUUUUCGUUAGCCGCAGCAGAUUCUAGAAGCAUGAGAAGUAGGGGAACAUGAUUUUUUUUUUAAAGAAUCUGCUCAUGUACUUUUGUGUGGAUGUAAUGACAGUUUCCGCAUUUAUAACAAAUAUUAAUUUUUUAUAAACGUUACCAACUGUAGCUUUAAAACUAGUCAAAAACCUUAAAUUUAUUUUCAGUGGAGGCACUGUGGAAAUUUGGUUUUGACUAGUAAAAUUCAGUGCCCAUGAUAAUAAUCACCCAGAUAGAUUUAAAGAUUUCAAUCCAUAGAUUUCAAGAGCUCGCCUCCAUCUUGACCCGACUGAAUGUGAUCGAAUACAGUGCCAUGUCAUUUCAUCUCCAGUUCAACCGUGAGCAUCUUCAGUGAAGAUGACGAGCAGUGGACGGGAGAAUAUGAAGUCCACGUGGUGUUUUUCUACGAUGAUAACCUACACGAUAUUAUGUUCAGGCCUCUGUGUGAUGAAAUCAGACUGUAAACACUGGACUGAAGAUAUUAGCUCUGUUGUAGAGGAUUGUAUUGUAGACUGGUACUUCUGUUUCUGUCAGACUUUUAGAUUGUGUGAAAGGAGUCUGGGGCCCAUUACUGACUCACCUACUUUUUAUGAAGUUAAUAUAUAUUUAAAUUGUAUUAGGGGUAGAAAAUAGUAUGUAUGGGACCUACACUUCAAACAGAAAUCAAAGUAUUUACAAAGCUAUAAUCUUAGUCUGAUGAUUUUUUUUUUAAGACAACUGAAAAUGGUCGUCCUUCAACUUUCUAUUAGGAGUCAAAUAAAAGCUGUCACUCUUGCCCUUUUUAGCAUAGCAGCCAUGAUUAGACAGCAUAUUUUUUCAUUUUUAUUUUGCAUGUAUUUGUUGGAGGAUCUUGUAUACAUUUGUUUUGGUAAAGAGAAUUUCUUUUUUUAAAUGUGAGCCCCACCUUUUUUUGUCAUUUCAGGGUUGAAGUGAAAUCAAUUUUGACUCAAUCAAACUGUAGUGAACGGAGUUUUAGGGCCCCAAGUCUCAAUAAAGCUGUUACACUUUUUAAACAGA